CCUUUUUCUCCAUUACUGGACACUACUUUGUCUUUAACCUCGUGCAAGGUAGCAUAGAAAAAGACAAAACAGAGCUGCAGAAGCAGAUUUAUUUACUGUGAUCUCAGUUUCAACUACAUUAGUGGAUCAAUUCCUUCUAGUUUCUCUCAGCUCCCUCUUGUCAUUCUGUCCUUUUCAGGAAACCGGUUAAGUGGUGAAAUUCCUAAGGGAAUUGGUGAGAUUGGUUCACUUGAGGAGCUGGUUUUGGAAGCUAAUCAGCUUGAUGGACAUCUUCCUGAAAACCUAGGAAAUUUAAGCAACUUGAAGAGACUGCCUUAAUAUUGUUUGCAGAACAUUUGUUGAAGAAGUGGUAAAGAGUGGUUUUUGUUCCAAUCCGAUAAAAUGACGGUUGAUAAAUCUUGGAUGCAUCUUCCUACUAGAUCUUGCACUGAGUAUAUUAAUGGAGUUGAAAACUUUCUUGAGUAUGCAUUUAAACAUUCAACAGAUGGAGAUAUGAUAAUCAACUGUCCGUGUAUUGAUUGUAGCAACAGGUAUCGUAAGACUCGGGAUGAGGUCCAAUAUCAUCUUUUAUUUAGGGGUAUAAGGAGAGAUUAUACUACUUGGUACCUUCAUGGGGAAGGUGAUAGUGAAGAGGAAGGUGAUAGUGAAGUGGAAGGUGAUGAUGAUGAUGGUAUGUUAUAUGGUGAUAUGUUUGAUAUGAUCAAGGAUGCUUAUCCACAAGUGGUGCAUGGCAAGGAAUCAAGUGGAAAUGAACCACAAGAGCCAAAUGGAGAUGCAAAGAAAUUUUAUAGAUUGUUGGAAGAGGUUAAACAGCCUUUGUAUCCAGAUUGUGAAAAGUAUUCAAGUUUGUCCUUCAUAGUCAAGUUAUUGCACAUAAAGUGCAUAUCAUCAUGGAGCAACAAGUCCUUUAGUAUGUUAAUGGAGUUGUUAAAGGAUGCAUUUCCUAUGUGUGAGAGACUACCUAGCUCGAACUAUGAGGCAAAAAAGAUUGUCAACGAUCUAGGCCUCCAUUAUGAGAAGAUAGAUGUGUGCAAAGAUGAUUGUGCACUUUAUUAUAAGGAGUAUUCAGAAGCAACUCAAUGUCCAGUUUGUAAACUUUCAAGAUGGCAGCCAAAUAAGGGUGGUAAAGGGAAAAAUAAAAAGGUACCAUGGAAAGUUUUGCGGUAUUUUCCACUUAAAUCAAGGUUACAACGAUUGUUUAUGUCAACAAAGACUGCUGCGGAUAUGAAAUGGCACCAUGAAAAACGUGUUAAUGAUGGAGUGUUACGACAUCCAGCAGAUUGUGAAGCUUGGAAAAAAUUUGACCAAAUUCAUGAGUCAUUCGCAAUGGAUCCCCGUAAUGUUAGGCUUGGACUAGCUACAGAUGGGUUUAACCCAUUUGGAAAUAUGAGUAUUAAAUACAGUGUCUGGCCUAUUAUCUUAUUUCCAUAUAAUCUUCCCCCUUGGAUGUGCAUGAAAGAGCCUUACUCAUUGAUGUCAUUACUUAUACCAGGUCCAAAGGGUCCUGGGAAUGACAUUGAUGUAUUCUUGAGGCCGUUGAUUAAUGAGUUGAAAGAAUUGUGGGAAGAUGGGGUGUGUACAUAUGAUGCUUCAACAAAGGAGAACUUUCAGAUGAGAGCAGCAGUGUUGUGGACUAUCCAUGACUUUCCUGCAUAUGCUGUUAUUUCUGGUUGGAGUACAAAGGGAAAUUUGGCGUGUCCUUGUUGUCAUAAUGAAACUACUCAUUGCAGGUUACGAAAUGGAUAUAAGAUAUGUUAUAUGGGACAUCGUCGUUUUUUGGCCUUAGACCACAAAUGGCGUAAUAAGAAGUCACAAUUUAAUGGUAAAAAAGAAAGGAAGACAGCACCCAAACGGUUAUCUGGUGAUGAUGUGUUAAAACAAAUUCGUCCAUUAAAGCCAAUUAUAUUUGGGAAAGGCCAGAAAAAGCAAUUUCUAGAAGGGCAUGGGCAGUUUCAUAAUUGGAAGAAGCAUAGCAUUUUUUUUGAAUUGCCAUAUUGGAGAACACUUUUGUUACGUCACAAUUUGGAUGUGAUGCAUGUUGAAAAAAAUAUAUUUGACAAUGUGAUUGGGACAAUUAUGAAUAUUAAAGAUAAGACGAAGGAUUCUUUAAGCACUCGUCUUGAUCUAAAAGAAAUGGGUAUACGACAUACGCUCCACCCCAUAGAGGUUAAUGGGAAGAUAGAGCUACCCCCAGCUUGCUAUACACUGUCAAAUGAUGAGAAAAGGGCCAUAUGCUUAUGGCUAAAAAAUCUUAAAUUUCCAGAUGGCUAUUCUGCAAAUUUAUCUCGAUGUGUGAAUAUUGAGGAGAGAAAAAUUUCUGGUAUGAAGACUCAUGAUUGUCAUGUUUUCCUAGAAAGAUUACUCCCACUUGCAGUGCGUGACUUUUUACCUAAAAACGUAUCUGAUGCUUUGACUGAGUUAAGUAACUUUUUCAAAGAAUUGUGUUCUAAAGUGUUACGAGUGGAUGAUUUGGAUCGUCUUGAAACCCAAAUUGCAAUAACCCUCUGCAAAUUAGAACAAAUUUUUCCACCUUCUUUCUUUGAUGUAAUGGUUCACUUGGCCAUUCACCUAUCUUGGGAAGCUAAAGUUGCAGGUCCAGUGCAAUACAGAUGGAUGUAUCCAGUUGAGAGGUAUUUGCGCAAGCUUAAGAAUUAUGUCCGUAAUAAGGCACACGCAGAAGGGUCUAUUGCAGAAAAGUAUUUAGCAGAUGAAUGUCUAACAUUUUGUUCUCGCUAUUUACAUGGAAUAGAAACCAAAUUUAAUCGGGUAGAGCGAAAUUAUGAUGGAGGUACUUCCGCAUGUGCAAAUACUUCUCAAUUGUCCAUAUUCUCAACACCUGGACGACAUUUAGGGAAAGCAAUAAGGUGUGAGUUGAAUGAUGAUCUUCACAAUGCAGCAACAUUUUAUGUUCUUCAAAAUUGUGUCGAAGCUGACCGAUUUGUUGAAGAACAUAAGAACAUCCUUACAAAUGGAGGUGUUCUUGACAUUGACAGGGUGCAUAAACAAGAAUUUAUUGCGUGGUUUGAAAAAAGAAUCACCGACUUAUAUAAUACAAAGCAAGUUGAUGGGCAUAUGCUUUCAUUAGCUCGGGGUCCUGAGAAAAGGGCUGUUUUUUAUCGUGGUUACAAUGUUAACGGGUUUAGAUUUCAUACAAAUCAAUGUGAUGAAAGUAAAAGAACACAAAAUAAUGGAGUUAUGGUGAGAGGGGAGGAUCAAAGUUGCAAUGUGCCUUAUUAUGGACAACUAACAGACAUUGUUGAACUUCAAUAUACUGAAGGGAACAAAGUUGUGUUGUUUAAAUGUGAUUGGUAUGAUGUAUCUCGUGAAGGAAUUGGUUAUAAGAGAGAUCGGCACGGAACCACUAUUGUUAAUACAUCACGAAAGUUGAAAACCGUAGAGCCAUUUGUAUUAGCAAGUCAAGCAACUCAAGUUUACUAUGUUAAUGGAAUAAAAGAUCCCACAUGGAAUGUUGUGAUUGAAACCAAACCACGAAACCUUUAUGAAAUGCCAUCAGAUGAAGAAGAGCCAUACCAAGAAGAAGACAAUUUACAUUGUAAUGCAAAUGUGCUGCAAGAAGAAAAUGAGGAUGAUGAUAUAGAUUGGAGAAGGAGUGGUGUUGAGAAUAUGAUAAUCGAGUGAUUUCAAAGGCUUACAGGCUCAACUCCAUCACCGUAUUUGGCUUCAUCUAGAUUAGUUAUCCAUGUGCAUAAUACUAAGGAUGCUUAUUGAAAUAGAAAUUUAGUCACAGAUAAGGUCAUUUGCUCAGUUAUCCCAUUCAUAUCACUAAAAAAGGAGAGGUUAAAGUGCUACCUGAGACAGAAUUCUCCCCAGACACAAAGGCUAAAGUUCUUGGAUCCAAGUCUAAAUUACUGCCUCCAAUUCUCACCACUUAAUUGCCUUGCAUUGAUUUUAAAACUGAUUUUUUUUUUUUUUUAUUAUUUCCUAGUACUGAGUGAUUGGAAUUCACUAAUUGCUAUGUGUUGUGGAUACGUAAAUUACAUUUUCUCUGUAGUCUAGUUCAUGCAACUUUCCAAAGAAGUGAUCAUGUAGUUCUUGUAGCAGUUAAUUACACAGAUAGAAAAUGAUGGAUAAAUUA